AUGACUGGGAAGAGAAGAGGGAACAAGUCUUCGAAGCCCAGAAAGAAGGGAAUUUCUCGAUCUUCCCGGGCAGAACUCCAAUUUCCUGUGAGCCGAGUGGAGCGAUACCUGAGAGAAGGUGGCUAUGCACAGCGACUGUCCUCUACCACACUGGUCUUUCUCACUGGCAUCCUAGAGUUUCUGACAGCUAAAAUACUGGAUCAGGCUGGCAAGGAGGCUCAGGAGAAGCACAAGAAACUCAUCACCCCACAGCAUCUGGAGACCGUGAUAGAGAGAAUCCAGCACCUCCAUCCCCUUUUGGGGGAUGGUAUGAAGUCUCUGCUUUAUGAGAUGGUCCAUGCCAAGGACAACUGA